AUGGCGAUCAAAGAGCUCACCAAGGAGAAUGCAAAGCUGUUGGUCCAGAUUGACUGCACAAAGUUGGCCCUUGAGGACUUUGAAAAAAGGCAGAAUAAGGAGACAGAAAAGAACAAGGAGUCAGAGAAAUACCUGGAAAAUUUGAAAAAGGAAAGAGAGCAAAUUAAGCAGAGCCAAGAGGAGCACCAGGAUGAAAUUAAAAUAAUAAAGGAGGUGUUGGAAAGCCUUGAGAAGGAGCACAAUGAGGAAGUGAAGGAUCUGCGCGAGAAGAUUAUAAAUUCUGAGGUGAAGGUGGAGAUUGAGCCCCAGAAGUCCAACCUGUCAGAGACUGUCAAAGACAUGCGGGAGCAUUACGAGAAGGUUGCUGAGAAGAACCUGAAGGAAACCGAAGAGUGGUACAAGAACAAGUUUGAGAACAUCAAGGAGAAGGAGGCCAAGAACACCGAGGCCUUGGAGGCUGGAAAUAAGGAGCUCAAGAAUCUGCAGAAAGAGUUGAAAAGUCUGGAAAUGGAGAUUAUCUCUACCUACACCAGGAUCAACACUAUUGAGGAAAAUGUAAGGAGAGCCAAGCAAGAGAACAACAUGCGACUGGCCCCUUUAAACGACAUUAUAAUUAGGCUGGAGGAACAGCUGAAGGAGGUGAAAGCAGAUGUGCAGCAAAAGGGGGAAAACUACAAAAAGCUUCUAGGUGACAAGAGGGAGCUGGAGAAAGAAACGCAGGCCUACAAUAAGCUGAUGAACGACAUACCCGCUGAUGCUAAGAGCACAGAAAAGGCCUAACCAGUUGGACUCCUACAAAAACCACUCCAGAGGGGGGUGGUAGGUUCUUGUAACGUCUACAAAAAAGCUCCGAAAACGACAAAAAAGCUGCUGCUGAAGAUGGGGGAAAAAAAAGAGCAGAUUUUUGUAGUCGGUUGAGAUUUAAAAACUUUCAUCUAAUCUGUUCUUUUCUGUCACUCAUUAAAUUAAAUCUAUUGGUGUGGUCAAAUUGGAUUAGUAUGGGGUGUUCUUCAAACCUGACUUCUAUGAUGUGAGCAAA